GCUUCUGCUGUGAAAAUGGUCGUUCCGUGGCAUCUUUUUGUUUGAACCGUACUUAUUUACUUGAGAUCAUUAGAACAAUGAGUAAAGAACCCUCCUUAAAGUGAUGACAAGGAUUAUCGAUAAGCUUUGCAUCAUACUUUGGGCGUAGAUGAUGCUAUAGCUUCACUCAAUACGUGCUUAACCUUUGUGGUUGUGUUUGCAUGCACAUUACAACAUGCAUUGCAAAAUGAACUCUGUUCUCAGGCAAAGGCUAGUCUUUGUCAUUUUUGCUGUUAUCUUUUUCUGGACAACCUUGCGAAUCUUCUAUUCCAGACAACCCCCUUCACUGACAAGGGUAGAGUUGUCGGAGGAUGGGUCAUCGACAGUCAUUACCUUGCUACCGGUGUUGAUUGAAGUCUAUUACGAAGCAUUAUGUCCAGACUCAAGAAGUUUCCUUCUUACUCAAUUAUUGCCAACAUUUGAAAAGAUUCCAGAGGCUAUGAAUCUUCAAUUAAUUCCAUAUGGAAAGGCCAAGACUACUCCAUCAGGCAAGAGCUACAAAUUUGAAUGUCAACACGGCCCCACUGAAUGCUUGGCUAACAAGGUCCAUGCCUGUGGAAUGAAUAUUAUUUCAAAUCCUGAGACUCGAAUUCAAUAUGCAGCUUGUAUGAUUGCUGACAACUGGAAUCCGGAAUCUGCAGGUUCCAGUUGUGCAAAAAAAUAUGAUAUUGACUGGGAAAGCAUUUGGACUUGUGCCAAAGGAAAUCAAGGUAGUAACCUCUUAGCUCUAUAUGGUAAGAAGACUGACAAAAUUGGCUAUAUAAAUUUUAUUCCAACUAUAGCACUUCAAGGGAGCACUGAAAAUCAGCCAGCAAUACUCAAGAACCUACAAAAGGAAAUAUGUCACUUAUAUAAGGAAGACAAGCCAGAUGGAUGUUCUAAGGUUUCCAAUGAAUGACUUCCGAUAUAAGUUUUAUAAGAUGAUGAAUUUUGCUGUAAUGGAGACUUACAAAGUCGUAUUUGUGGUAUCUCUUUUUCAAGAUACUGCAAAACCUUGUUCAUUUUGGACAGUGUAUGUAUGACUUCUGUUGUAUGCUUGUUACCACAAAGUUUUAACUUCUGAGGGACAUUGUCCAAGAAUUCCAUUUAUUUUUGGAGCAAGCCCUCAUCUCUGGCCAAAGGGUUCUUUCAGUUUGUAACCCAUAAAAUUUCAUUUUAGUCUGUGAUUUUAGUUGAUGUUGUUAAUCUGUAAUGUAUUGACAUUGAACUCAAAAUCUUAUCUAAUGAAGAUUGUAUGGAAUUUAUUGUGUGACGAGAGUAUCUGACAAUAUAAUAUAGAAAUUAUGAAAUGUUUGGUCGUAAGAAGGACAAAAGGCAGCUAUUUUGUGCUUUUUCCCUUUUUUUUUGUUUGAUAAUGGAUUGGUUGUGCCCUUAUGAAACAUAUUGAACAUUGUAUGUCGUAAGAAAAAUUACUGACUCUAAAGCGUAUUUUGCUGUGUCUAUUUUCAAGACUGAUCUCUGCUUAUUGCCAAAAAGUAUUAAGAAACUCCAUGUAUUUUAUACAAAUUCUUAAUAAUUGCUGUAAGUUUCUGCAUUUUGAGGAUCUAAAUUGUCAACCUCUAAAAUUUUCAUUGCUUGAAUGGAAAUAGUGGCUUUGCUGUUUUCACAUGAUUUGUGUUGUGUGUGUAUCAUCUUCAUUCACCUUUAUUUUUCCUCCUUUGAAGUAUUUUGUAAUUUUUUACCACUUCAUAUUUGCAGCAUUGAUAGCAGUGUGUAACAUUAUGGCAUUUAUUUUAUUAUAGAAUAAUAGUACUGAAACAAUAUUUGUCUUGCCUACAACUCUGUACAAGUGUAGAAAAAUUCUCUCAUUUGUUAACAAGUUCUGAACAAUAUUUGAAUCAAGUCAGUCAAUCAAUUCUCUGUUGUAUGUUUUAUUUAAGAAGCUGAUUUUACUUAUGAAGCUUAAAUAUUUAAUCGGAUGGUGUGAUUGAGAGUCAAUACUGUCAUUGAGAUCUGUGAUAACCUUUACUUUUAUUUCCAGAAUUGUAACCAAUACUGAAUCAAUAUGAAGGUAGCUUAGUUAUAGAUCAUGUUAUUUACCUGGUGUUACCACUCAUGCACAACUUGUUGGUUUCAACACACAAGUUUCCUUAAACCAAUAAAAUAUUUUUGUCCCUUGA